CCGGCCCCGCCCCUCAUUGGUUCCGGACUCACUCCCAGGCUGGACCCUCGCCCUGGGCCGGCUCCCGGGGCCGACGCCCCCACCCCUCAUCUUCCAACCUCCGCCCACCCUCUCGGCCGGGCUCUGGAUCUAUCCUCAGCAGCAUUGCGGUCUCGGGUCCCGGGUCCCGGGGUGCCCUUCCCCCGCCCCGGCCUGAGGCCGGGCUCGGCCGCAGCCCAUGGAGUCCCAGUGCGACUACUCGAUGUACUUCCCCGCGGUGCCGCUGCCCCCCCGGGCGGAGCUGGCCGGGGAUCCCGGCCGCUACCGGGCGCUGCCGCGGAGGAACCACCUUUACCUGGGGGAGACAGUGCGCUUCCUGCUGGUGCUGCGCUGCCGAGGGAACUCCGAGCCUGGCACUGGGGGCGGGCCCGAGGCAGUCCCCGGAGGAUCCUGGACCGAGCUGGCCGCGGCCCUGGAGGCCCUGGCCUCGGUCAGCGCCGGAAGUGGGGUACCGGGCUCCGGAGAUCUAGACGGGCAACCCCCUGGGGGUGCGGGGCUGUUCUCGGACUGCAGCCCCCUUCUCACCCAUGGCCCGGGCCCUGCCACAGGCGGGGGAACAACCAUGUUGCCUGUGGAAGAACCAAUUGUAUCCACAGAUGAAGUCAUCUUUCCACUAACCAUUUCCUUGGACAAACUACCCCCAGGCACACUUAAGGCCAAGAUUGUAGUUACUGUGUGGAAAAGGGAGGUUGAGACAGCAGAGGUCAGAGAUCAUGGCUACCUGAGAUUGCUGCAGACCCGGGCCCCUGGGGAGACAUUCCGAGGGGAGCAAAAUGCAUUCAAGGCCCAAGUGAGUACACUGCUAACCCUACUGCCCCCUCCCGUUCUGAAAUGUCGACAGAUCACUGUGGCUGGAAAACACCUGACAGUGCUCAAGGUGCUGAAUAGUUCCUCACAAGAGGAAAUUUCUAUCUGGGACAUCCGCAUCCUCCCAAACUUCAAUGCCAGUUAUCUGCCUGUCAUGCCUGAUGGUUCUGUGCUGCUGGUGGACAAUGUCUGUCACCAGUCUGGGGAGGUCUCCAUGGGCUCCUUUUGUCGUCUCCCUGGUUCCUCAGGCUGCUUCCCAUGCCCCCUUAGUGCUCUGGAGGAACAUAACUUCCUAUUCCAAUUGAGGGCUGGUGAACAACCCCCUGCAAAAGGCCAGGAGGGCCUAGAGGUGUCUUUGGUUGCUAUAGUUCAGUGGUCUACACCUAAGUUACCAUUCACCCAGAGCAUCUACACCCACUAUCGGCUGCCUAGCAUCCGCUUGGACCGUCCAUGCUUUGUAAUGACUGCCUCAUGUAAAUCCCCCGUGCAAGUACAUGAGCGUUUUACUGUUACCUAUACAUUGCUCAACAAUUUACAGGACUUCCUUGCUGUUAGGCUUGUCUGGACCCCAGAGAAUGCACAAACUGGAAAGCAGCUAUGUGAAGAAGAACGCCGGGCUAUGCAGGCUGCCUUGGAUUCUAUUGUUUGUCAUACACCCCUUAACAAUCUUGGCUUCUCCAGAAAGGGUACUGCACUCACUUUCAGUGUGGCCUUCCAAGCCCUAAGGGCUGGACUCUUUGAGUUGAGCCAGCACAUGAAGCUAAAGUUGCAGUUUACUGCCAGUGUAUCCCACCCUCCACCUGAGGCCCGACCCUUGUCACGAAAGAGUAGUCCUAGCAGCCCUGCUGUUCGAGACUUUAUGGAGAGACAUCAGGGUAGCCUGGGCCGGUCCCAGUCCUUCUCCCACCAGCAGCCCUCCCGAAGCCACCUCAUGAGGUCAGGCAGUGUGAUGGAACGCCGUGCCAUCACACCUCCUGUGGCCUCCCCUGUAGGCCGUCCCCUCUACCUGCCUCCAGAUAAGGCCAUGCUCUCUCUGGACAAGAUUGCCAAGCGUGAGUGCAAGGUCCUGGUGGUUGAACCUGUCAAGUAGGGGAAGCUGGAUCCAUAUUCCCUAUUCAAACACUCCUAGAAAUUGGAAACCCCCUGGAAGGGGUCCUCAUCUUGCAGCUGCUGUCUUUCCUGGGAUCCUCCCUGUGGAUAAUGGAGCUGUCUGUCUGUGUCUGCUGUUUAAAGGGUGGAAGCUGAAUUGGGAACUAGGACUGGGGGAAAAAAGCCAACAGUAUUUCCUUAUGUUCCUGUCUGGGAGGGCUGGUCCCAUCCCCAAGUUCUGUUCCCCACCCCACCCCCCUGCCCCUUUCCAGUUGUAAGUUUACAAAAUAUUUUUCUUAUACCUAUGACAUUCUCCCCACCCCACAACCAGCAUCUCAAUGGUUGCCCCCCAGACUCAGGUGGGGGGGAGGGGAGGGCAUAUUGGGCACAAUGUUCUAUCUCCUUUCCCUCCCCCAAUUCAUGUUUAUGUUCUCAAGCACUUUAAUUUAAAGGUCUUUGUCCAUGUAA